UCAAGAACGGAACGUCACAGAUUCCAACAAACGUCAUACGCUGUUUAUAAUACUCGGAAAGGUGAAAGUGAUGUAUAAUGCUAUGUUUCAAUAAUUUGACAAGAUUUGCUGUGUGGGCACUAGGAGCAGUAGCAGUUGCUGCCGGAUUACAUUUUUUAUACAAGCGUGAGGAUAAGAUGCGGAGAUGUUUGAAGGGCAUCGAAAACACACCCGUUGACGGAGUUUUAGGGUGAGGGAUCCCUUCAGUGAUGGGGAAGGGAAUACCCAGUACAGAGAGUUUCUUCAGGUUUUCUCAAUUUUUCUGAUGGAUGCAAUUACACACAGUUGGACAUAGCCACCCCUGAGGCUGGGGGAAAACAUGAGAAGGACGAGGUCUCCAGUGUUCAGCUGAACAGUGAGGAACCCAGUGAAGACAAAGAGUGUGAGCAGGAGAGACAGACUUUCAAGGUUCUUAAGGAGAUGCAUGAUGACUUGUUAAACAUGAUAAAGCAGAGAGAGGAGGAGUGUGAGCAGGAACGGCAGGCUCACAGGCUCCUAAAGGAGAAUUAUUAUAGGUUGAUAAAGAUGGUAAAGCAGAAUAAGGAGGAGUGUGAGCAGGAACAACAAGCUCACACACUCCUAAAGGUGAAGUAUGAUGAGAUGGUUAAGCAAAAUGAGAAGGUACUAAAGGGUACUCUGGAGCAUGAGCAUGGCAAACUGAAGGAGCAAGUAAAAACACUGCAAGGCUCAGUGAAUAGGUUGGAGGGGCAAUUCUAUGAAGCCCAAAGGGUGUGCGAAGAGCUACUGAAUGAACAAGAGAAAAGGUUCUGCAAUGACCUUUUAACCAGUUCCCAAAAUUCUGUGGUAUCUACUGGAAUAACUGAGUUGAUUAAGGAUGAUCUAAAGUUCAACCAGAUGCACCAGGCACACACUCAGCAAGUACCACUGGAGAUGCUGAAGACAGAACCCUCUGGGACGUGUUGUGAGAAAUCAACUGUAUCUACAGGAAUAACUGAGCCGAGUGCUGAGGAUGAUCUAAAGUUCAACUCGAUGCACCAGGCACACACACAGCAAGUCCCAUUGGAGACGCUGAAGCCAGAACUCUUUGGGACGCGUUUUGAGACAUUAAAUGAGCAGAUGAGACAACAGGAUUACAAUGUCCUUUGGUUACAUUAUGAAAAAACCCUGAGAUCUCUUGCUGAAGCUGAGGAGGUAGCUAAUACUGCUGUAGCUUCCAAUAAUGAACUGGAGUACAUGAACUCGAUCCUGAUGGAAAAGGUUAAAAUGCAGCAUGAAAUAGUGAAGAAGUUGGAAAGACAAUUAUGUGAGGAUCAAAAGACACGUGUUAAGUUAUUUAAGAGUUCACUGGUGCACGAGAAUGCCAGACUGAAGGAGCAAGUAAAAACACUUCAAGAUUCAGUGGAGAAGCUGGAGAGAAAACUUCAUGAAUGCCACUGCACGCAUGAAGAGAACCUUGAGCUACAGAAAGAGAACAUCAAUGUUACAGAAGAACUGAAAAGCAUGCAGAGUUCAACAGAGAAUCUAUGUUCUAUUUCAAAUAAGGACAUUGGACAUUCCACAAAAUGAGCGAUCCAAGCGAGAAACAUUUGAUUCAUGUCUACUUAUGUUUUUCUUCCUAAACUCCAAGUUUCUAAUAAUAAUACUCCAAAUGAUGUGUUUUUCCUUUUUUUUUUUUACCUGCUAUUGUACAAUACAUGAACACGAAGGAGGAAAAAAUAUGAUCACCGUCAGCCACUGAGACCCCCCCCCCCCAAAAGGAUCUACAGGUGGAAUAAAUUUGCAAAAAUGAGAAUAAAAUGUGCCUUAGAAUGUU